AUGACGACCGGCGACCGGCGCGCGGGGCUCGCGUUCGCGUUCGCGGGCGGCGCGGGCGGCGACGAGGCGACCGGCGGCGACGGGGCGACCGGCGGCGGCGACGGCAUGAACAGCGAUAACCUGCCGCCGGAGAUGCUGGAGAAGGACCCGUGGGAGGGUGAGACGUUUGAGAAGCUGGGCGACGCGGUGAAGAACUGGGGUUUGUUCAUCGUGGUGUUCAUGGCCGUCGGCGCCGGGGUGGUGGCGGCGAACACGUACAACGACGGAGCCGCGUUCGUGGACUUCCAGGACUACGAUUCCCCGGACCAGGCCGUCGCCGCGGCGCUCAAGAAGUGA